GCGUGAAACUUGCAUCCAUAUUGUUUCCGUUUUAGAGGCUGCCACCAUGCUGAGGUUGUGGCCCUUGAGUAGAAGGGUGUUGAACACACCAAGCUGGACAGCUGUUGCAACGCGGGGUCAGUCUACUGCCAGUGACAAAGUGGAAGUUUUUAUCAAUGACACCAGGGUAGAAGUUGACCCAGGAACAACAGUGCUGCAAGCAUGUGCUGUAGCUGGAGUAGAAAUUCCUCGCUUCUGCUAUCAUGACAGACUGUCCAUAGCUGGCAACUGCAGGAUGUGUCUGGUAGAGGUGGAGAGAUCUCCCAAGCCUAUUGCCUCCUGUGCUAUGCCAGUAAUGAAAGGCAUGAAGGUCAAGACAGACUCCGAGGUCUCUCGUCGAGCACGUGAGGGUGUGAUGGAGUUUUUAUUAAUGAACCACCCCCUUGACUGCCCUAUAUGUGACCAGGGAGGGGAGUGUGAUCUCCAAGAUCAGAGCGUCGCCUUUGGAAGUGAUCGCAGCAGAUUUACUGACAUAAAAUUUACUGGGAAAAGAGCUGUGGAAGACAAAAAUAUAGGCCCUCUUAUAAAGACAAUUAUGACUAGAUGUAUACAUUGCACAAGAUGUAUAAGAUUUGCCAGUGAGGUGGCAGGAGUGGAUGAUCUGGGGACAACAGGCAGAGGAGGUGGUCUCCAGGUCGGGACAUAUGUAGAGAAACUGUUCCGCUCUGAGCUUUCUGGGAAUGUGAUAGACCUGUGUCCUGUAGGAGCACUCACCUCAAAGCCAUAUGCUUUCACAGCUCGACCAUGGGAAACAAGGAAAGUAGAUAGUAUAGAUGUCCAUGACGCAGUGGGCAGUAACAUCGUGGUCAGUACUCGGACAGGUGAGGUGAUGAGGAUCCUGCCCAGGGUCAACGAGGACAUUAACGAGGAGUGGAUCUCUGACAAAAGCAGGUUUGCCUAUGAUGGCCUAAAGAGGCAGCGUCUGGUUACCCCUAUGAUGCAGAAUGAUGAUGGAGUUCUAGAGGAAUGUGACUGGGAGGAUGCACUGAUCACCUGCUCCAAUGUGGUGAGUAACGGACAGCAGAGACUCCUCUCCAUGUUAUUCUGA